AUGGUGGCUGAAGCCGACCCGUCCACGCUCUCUGCGCUCGAGGCCGCACUCCUUAACGCCUCUGGAGACGUGCCCCUCCACAACCGCUUCCGUGCGCUCUUCACCCUCAAAGCGCUCAAGAACGAGGACGCAGUACGUAUCAUCUCCAAAGGUUUCGCGGACGAGAGUGCACUCCUCAAACAUGAGCUCGCGUACUGCCUGGGACAAAUGAAGAACACUACCGCGCUCCCCGUGCUCGAGUCCGUGCUUUCAAACGAGCGCGAGGAUCCCAUGGUCCGCCACGAGGCCGCUGAAGCCCUAGGCGCGAUCUCCGCGGCGUCGUCCACGGGCGUGCUCGAGCGGUACCUGCACGACCCCGAACGCUGCGUGCGCGAGACCUGCGAGAUCGCGCUCGCCAAGAUCGCCUGGGACCACUCCCCCGAGGGCGAGCAGCACCAGCAGACCACCGCGGCCGCCGCGCAGCAGGCGUACACCUCGAUCGACCCGGCCCCGCCGACGUCGCGCCUGCUCGCGGGCAAGGCCGCGCCCGCGGACGCGGCGGCGGAGCACAUCGCGGCCCUGCGCGCCGCGCUGAACGACGCCGCGGCGCCGCUGUUCGAGCGCUACCGCGCCAUGUUCGCGCUGCGCAACAUCGGCACGCCCGCCGCGGUCGACGCGCUCGCGUCCGGGUUCGCGGACGACAGCGCGCUGUUCAAGCACGAGAUCGCGUUCGUGUUCGGGCAGCUGCUGUCGACCCACUCGGUCCCCGCGCUCCUCGCCGUCCUCCAGGACGCGCGCGAGUCGGACAUGGUCCGGCACGAGGCCGCGGAGGCUCUCGGGGGGAUCGCGACCCCCGACGUGCUCCCGCACCUGAAGGAGUGGAUGCAGCGGCCGGACGCGCCGCGCGUCGUGCGCGAGAGCUGCCAGGUUGCGAUCGACAUGUGGGAGUACGAGAACUCGGGCGAGUUCCAGUACGCCAAUGGGCUCGACGGCGCGGCUCAAGCCGUCGGUGCGUGA